AACAGACUGGGGUGCUGUAGUAUAGUGGCUGCGGUCGUGUGCGCUCGUGCUGUAAACCGCUGCGUGAUAUUGUAGGGGGAAACGGAAACACACGUGACAUAUAAAGGCACAGACGCUCCGUACUGGAGAGGAUUCAGCUCUUACACCUGCGGACUGCAUGCGGUUCAUAUGAGCGCUUAAGUAAAAGAACAUGUUGGACGGUGCGGUUUCGGUGACAGCGCGCGACGCUCCUCUGCUGCAGAACAUCUGGGACGGGAUACGCGAGCGCUCCUGUGUGCGCACGGCGCCGUUGUUGGGCGCGUGCGUGGCUUUCUCCUUUCACGUGCUGUUAUCAGCACUUUUCCUCGGGAUCGAUGUGCUCGGACCGCGCGUGCCAUGGAUCACUAGAUACAGGAUCCACGGAAAGCCGGUCAGCCUGCGCGUCUGGUUUUGCUGCCUCGCGCGGAUCUCGUGGAAAUACGCGCUGUGCGUCCUGCCUCUGAGCGCCUGCAUGGGGUACGCGGAGACGCGCUUCGGGUUCGCGCAGCACGAGCGCCUGGUGACGGCGACUGCUGCACCGUCGCUGUUUGUCGCGUGCACAGAGUGUUUUUCAUGCCUGCUCGUGUUCGACACCUUCUUCUUCGUGGUGCAUUACACGGUGCACAGAAACCCCUGGCUCUUCAGGAUCUUCCAUCAGUCUCACCAUGUGAACACGCACCCUUUCGCCCUGAUGGCUCUGGACUCCAGCGUCGUGGAGCUCGUCUCUCAGCAGGUGUUGGCCGUGUGGAGCACCGUGGUGGUGGGCUGCCACCCAGUCAGUGAAAUCCUCUUCCACCUCCUCAACAUCUGGCUGUCGGUGGAGGACCACUGUGGCUACGACUUCCCCUGGGCUCUACACAGGAUUCUGCCCUGCUUCGGAGGGGCUCCGUUCCACCAGGCGCAUCAUCAGCGUGUUACAGGGAAUUACGCACCAUACUUCACACACUGGGAUCUCAUAUUUGGGACAAAGAUAAACACGUGAGCGGAUGUUUGCUUUAGAAAGAGCUGAAGACUUGCACUGAGAUCAUGUCAGUGUGUCUCUCAUGAGCGCCACCUAAUUGUUUGAUGAUCCGAUCAGUAAACGAAUCUAUAUGGUGAACAGUAUAAUAUGAUUUGAAUCGGUGGAUUGAAUGGAAAUGACCCCGCUAGAGCUUAAUAUUAUUGCAAUUUAUGUAACAUUUAAUGACGUGCUACUGCCACCUGCUGGCCUGGCAUGCUCAUUGCAGUCAAUUGUGCUGUUUUCACAUAAAAGGAAAUUGUUUUGCUCUUAAUAUGAAUGGGCUUUAAAGGUCAGAUUUAUAAAGAGUAAAUUACAGAAGUAAUUUAUUUUAUUACAGUAAUGUGCAAAAGUCUUAGCCCCCCUUUCCUAAUGCACUAUUGCGUUAUAUAUACUGAGCAAUUUAAAGAUUUAAAUAUAUGAAAGUAUCAUAUAUAACGAAGAACACAAGCCCGUAGCACCACAAUGGAGGUUAUUUAUUUUUUUAUCUGGAGUAUGUUAUUCUGAUUACAUCACAUCUUUCGCUAAAAGAUCGUUUAUCUAUCAACGAACAGCACAGCACUUGAUUGUCGGAACGUCUCAGAGAUGAGUUAGUCUUUGUGCACUCAGACAUUAGAACAUCUUAAUAAUACAAAAAUAAUCGCAGCUCGUCGCAUCAUGUUACAGAGAAACCGCAAAAUAAAAAUCUGAAGUUACAAAAUACUGAAACUGGAGACUUAUUCCAUAAACAGUAACAAGUAUCAGCAAUGAGAAUGAAAAUAUAUCCGAACGAGAACCUUAAUAGAAACCUGUCGUACCCGAGCCAGGAAAUGCACAAAAUUUGACCAAUCGGAAACAUGUGGAGUCUCCAGAUCUCUCGGCAGCUGGGUUUCUUAUAAAACCUCCCUAAAAGGUUUACCUGAAACUACUGAUACAUCCUGUGAACAUCGUCCUGUUAGAGACAGUGACUUCGUUUUAGUUCGUCUCUGCGUUCUGCUUUUCAUAAACGUCAGAUCGAUGAAGGCUUUUUAUUUAGCUUUUUACACGUAGUUUUCUAAUAUAAUGCAUCAUUUACUUUUUUGAGAGUUAAAUUUAAAAUCUUAGGACAUGAAGUGUGAUUAAAGAAAAUGAUAACGAUCCCGAUGUGAAUGAAAGGCUGAGAUCGGCCGGCCGCGUCGAUAUGAAAAUUUAUUCAGAUGAAAAGUUUGUUCAGAUGUUGUUUAUUACUUACUAUGAAAUAAAACGUACAUUUUUGUAUAAUUUGCUUAUUUUAAACAGUAGAUGGAUCACCUGUGUGUAUGAAAUAAAAUAAAGUCAUUUGAUCUGAAAAAAUCUUCUCUAAAUAAAGUAAAUUUGAUGAACAAA